CUCGUUUUGUGGACGAUCUAAUUAUAUCAGUACAUAUUGACCAUAUAUUUCCUUGAGCAGAACAAAUCGAUCGCAUGUCAUCUGUAUGCUGGCAUUGAACGAUUCUCCUCAUAUCGACAAUGCCGUUUCGUUCAUCCUCGUAGUUAGAUCGUGAUCCUGCUUGCGAAAUCAUAUGAUUUCUUGCCGCGCGUGAUCUGUGUAUGUGUGUUUGAGCUAGAUCUCUAAAAUUCUAUAUCGAUACAAGUAAUAUAAUACUGAUUGUAUCGAAGAGAUGAUAAUUAUAUAUAUGUAUAUAUAUCGUCUUAUAUAAAUACUAUUAAGAGACAACCUGUGAAUUAGAAGCAAUUUUUCUGCAUAUCAUCUUGUUUCUUUGGUAAAAAUAGUUAUACAAAAGACAAUGUAUUCAUCGGUCACCGAGAAGCAACAAGUGCUGAUGCUACUUCUAAUCGAGAUUAUUUUAAUCGUGUUAAUUGGGUCAAUGAUGACGUAUGGCCCGGAAGCAAAUUAUAAUUUGCUGAAAAAUCAUACUGGUACCAUCGACAAAAAUAAGCAAACGAAGAAACCGGACGAAGAUUCAUUGCGUAUUUAUCCGAUGUAUCAAGAUGUCCACGUGAUGAUUUGGAUCGGCUUUGGCUUUCUAAUGACAUUCCUCAAGCGAUACAGUCAGAGCGCUGUAGGUCUGACCUUCCUUGUUGGUGCGAUACUGGUUCAAGUGGCUCUAAUUUGCAACGGCGUGACGCAAGUGAAAUUGGGUAACAAAGCUCAUCUCUCUUUAGAAAGCCUUCUUAAUGCCGACGUCGCUGUUGCUGCGCCGCUCAUUUCUAUGGGUGCAAUCCUGGGUAAGGUGACCUACAUGCAAUUGAUAUUUAUGGGAAUAGUGGAACUGAUCAUGUUUACCAUUAACAUGUACAUAGGCGAGCAUUUAUUUAUGGUCGUCGAUGCUGGUGGUAGCAUGUUUGUUCACGUGUUUGGCGCAUAUUUUGGAUUAGCUAUCAGCUUUGUAUUUGGACUGAAGGAACGACCAAAAGAACAUGAACUUGAAGGAUCGUCUUAUCAAUCAGAUAUAUUCGCCAUGAUCGGCACGAUGUUCUUAUGGCUAUUCUGGCCGUCAUUUAACAGUGCGGCAUUGAAAGGAGAUGAUCAACAGCGGGCUAUAAUCAACACUUUGCUAUCGAUAUCUGCUAGCUGUGUAAUCACAUUCGGCGUAUCCGCAUUGGUUUCCAAAGAAAAAUUCAACAUGGUGCAUGUGCAAAAUUCGACUUUGGCCGGCGGCGUAGCCAUCGGUACAGCUGCAGGUAUGAUGUGCGAACCAGUGGGUGCUCUGGUUAUCGGCGCUUUAUCCGGCGCAAUUAGCGUACUGGGAUACAAAUAUCUUACACCAAUCAUACAAAGACGACUUCACAUACAUGACACUUGUGGGGUACAUAAUUUGCAUGGGAUGCCAGGCGUGCUCGCUGCAAUUUUCGGCGCGCUUAUGGCAGGCUUGGCUUCAGAAACUUCUUACGGUUACGCUUUAUAUGAGAUAUUUCCCGCGCGAGCGCCGAGUUCGGAGAAAAAAAUUAGCGAGAUGAGGGACAAUUACGGUAUAUCACCGGGAUUUAAUAGAACAGCAUAUCAGCAAGCAAUAUAUCAACUACUGUCGUUGGCGGUCACCCUUGGGAUCUCCAUUAUAUCUGGAUUAAUAACUGGCUUACUUCUACGUACGACCAUAUGCGGUUGGAUUACCGAUGAACAGAAAUUUAACGACCAGUUUGUCUGGGAAUUGGAAGAAAACUCCCAGGACGAAUCAUCCGAGAAAAAUCGAGAAGAUAGCACUCAUGCCAGCAAUCAAAUAGCAAUAGGCCAUUUUUAAUAUAUGAAUAUUUGUGAAAUAUUUAAGUUUGUACAUAUAUAAGUAUUAUUAUUAAAUAUUACACAUAAUAGUAUAUCUCAAUAUGUAUAGUAAAAAUUUCUUAUAUACUUAAUGACUUUCUUUCUAAUUCUAUAUAUGUAUCUAUUUUCCAUAAAAGUUUUAUUGCAAAUAAUUGUAGAAAUAAACCUAUUAUUUUACGACAUUAAUAUAUAUAUAUAUAUAUAUAUUUGUCAAAUAUCAAAAUAUAUAUAGUGUAAAAUCAAUAAAAGAAUAGAAUAAGUGUUUGAUCGAUAGGAUGUGUUUAUCUCAUAUUUUGUAAAAUAGUUUUACACAACAAAAAUAUUGUUACAAAGCAUUUUUUAAUUAAAAUAUACAUGUAUAUAUAA